GGGACUGUCGGUGCGCCUCUCCGUGCGUGCGUCUCCGUCUCGAGCACCCGCAGCAUCAGCAACACAAAAGGGUUGGAGAGCCGUGGGCAACUUCAAGGCUGAUCGCGAGGAGGAAUCACGUCAAAAGAGAGGAGGCGACAGGGCAAAUUCCAGCCCUUCAGACGUUUGUUUGGGAAAAGGAAGAAGAGGGAAGCAGAGAGGAGGUUUGAUGCAGCAGAGCUAAAGGCUAGUUUUUCAACAGGGGAAGUGUGCAAUGGAGUUGUAUCUGACGAUGAGGAGACCAAUCACAAUCUGAGGGAGUUGAAUCCCAUUGGAUCUCGAGCUCUCUCCCAUGACAGCAUCUUUAUCCCAGAGGAACCAGUGAAGGAGCCCAGUGUUGACCACACCAUGUCCCAGGAAAACGUCUCCGAUAAAGUUAGGAACCUGCAGAGACAGAUAGCACAAAGUAUCAAAUUUGGCCAGAAGCCUCCAUCUCUGAGGAAGAGUGAGGGCGAUGAGGGCAGUUCAGAUGAGGACGAGGUUCCCCGGAGCCCCCUGAGGGUAUUGGCCCAAGUAGAGGCUGAGCCAGCAAAAACAGAGCCAAAGCAGGUCCAUGGGGCCCAACAGGCUGGGACACACGGCACUCCAGUGAAGUCCCCCAGGUCCAAGCGAGUUCUUCCACCCACUGGCACUAUUGAGUCCAUCAACCUGGAUGCCGUCCCGCAGUCUGUGCCUCGUUUGGACAACACCGCUGCCAAGCAUAAACUGUCUGUCAAACCUAAAAAUCAGAGGAUUUCCCGUAAGCACCGUCGGUUUACACAGGAUCUCCAAGAGAUAUCUCUGCCUGAUGUGGUACAAGAGGACCUAGAGGCAGCAGGCAUUUCUGCAGAUGGCUACCACAGGAUGAGUGCUGAGGAACCUCUUGAGUCCCUAGAAAACUCCAAGAAACAGAGGCUGCAUGAGGAGGAGAGACAGGAAACCAGGAGGAAGAGAGAGCUGGAGGAGCAGAGGCUCCGACAGGAAGAGGAGGAGAACAAGAGGAGAGCAGAGGAGUUGAGGCUGCGUGAACUAGAGGAGGAGAGGUGUCGUAAACAAGAGGAGGAACGCAUCCGCAGAGAGGAGGAAGAGAGAAAGCUUAGAGAGGAGGCAGAGAGGAGAAGGUGGGAGGAAGAGGAGAGAAGGAUUAGGGAAGAAGAGGAAAGGAGACGACGAGAGGAAGAAGAGCGGAUACGCCAAGAAGAAGAAGAUAGGAGGAUGCGAGAAGAACUGGAGCGUCGACAGAGGGAGGAGGAAGAGAAAAGACUUCUGGAGGAGAAGAGGAGAAAAGAGGAGGAGGAGGAGGAGAGGAAGAAGCAAGAGGAGGAGGAGAGGAGGCAGCAGGAGCUCGAGGCAGAGCGUCUACGUUUGGAAAAAAAACUGAGGGAGGAAAGAGAAGAGGAGGAAAGACAGAAAAAGCUAGAAAAAGAGAGGCAGCAGCUGCAGGAGAUGGAGGAGAGGAAAAAGCUCGAAGCAGAGGAGCGAAAGAAAAAAGAGGAAGAACAGAAGAGACUAUCAUCAGAUGAGGCCGAUGCCAGCUCUGACCCGCAGGAGAGGAAGAGAAGAGCAGAGGAGCUGCGCUGGAGAGAGAUGGAGGAGAGACAGAGGCCUUUCUCUUUCAAAGUGUCCUCUGGGGAAAAACAGAUUUUGUUCCAGAAGGUCAACCUGACACCUGUUACACCGGCCUCCAGCCACCAGAGCAGCGCUGCAGCCGACCAAAGAGAGAGCACCAAGGCUUCCUCUCCUGAAGGAGCAGACUCCCCCAACUUGCCAACAUCCCCAUAUGUUCCCCACACAGCCAUCCUGGUGACAGGGGCCCAGCUCUGUGGGACUGCAGUCAAUUUAGACCAGAUCAAAGACACAGCCUGUAAGUCUCUGCUUGGUUUGGGAGAGGACAGAAAAGCCCUAGGAACACCAACAACCAAAAGCAAGACUUCACCAGACCGCAAGUCCGGCAAAACAAAGUCACUCAAUGAGUCAUCAAUCUCCACAGACCAGUCCAGUGCAGCCGUGCUAGCAGAAUGGGCUAGCAUUAGAUCAAAGAUAUUCAAAGGAGCAGAGGAGGGGAAGUAUGAGGAUUACCCCGAUCCAACUAGAAACCAGAGCCAGCCCACUGCUGAAGAUCUCAAUCAGCCUCCAUUUUCACACACUAACCUCAGGAAGACCAUGUCUGCCAGCGCCAAGUUCUCGAUCACUCCAGCUAAAAAGAAAUUUGGAGACUCAAAUAGAAACUCUGAGGUGUUGAGUCCAGAUGAUAAGGAAGCUACUCCAUCGGACACCUCAGGUGGCCUUCCUGCAGCCUCACCCGCUUCAACCAGUAAGACUCAGAACAGGACAAGUAAAACUGUCCGCAUCACAGAGAGGGGGUCAGAGGAGUGUAUGUUUGCCAAAGACCUCCCCUCUUUCCUGGUUCCCAGCCCAGGAGCCAAAUCUGAGGGGGCUGAGUUGAAGGCCAGGAGUCAGGGUGAGGCAGAGGACUCUGAAAGCAGGGAAGAGGGAGAGGAGGGGGGGCAGGAUAGUGAAGAGAAGCCCUCCCCUUUUGGCAUAAAGCUGAGGAGGACUAACUACUCCCUCCGUUUUCACAGUGAACAGUCCACAGAGAAAAGGAAGAAACGGUACAGUGCUGGAGACAGCUUUGAUGGCGUUCCUUCACCUCUUACCCCCAUUGAGCCUGACUCUGAUGCUUCCUCUGUGUUCUCUGACAAGUCGAGCCCCAUAUCACCUCAGAAAGAGAGCGCAGUUAGCAAGUACUUACAAGCAACUGCCUCCCCUGUUGUCUCUCGGGCCAAACCAGGCAGGUCUCCCGCACACAGUGAGAGCGAGAAAGUGCUUUCCAAACCGCCUCUCUACCAAAGACCCCCCACAUCGCCCAAACCUACUGGAGCUGUCACCACCCCUCCCCACUCGCCACUGCCUAAAGUCGCCGGUCGGGUUCCCAGUGACUCCAUGGUCCAGAGAGUAGGGGGGGCAGAUUCAUCGAGCCAAGAGCAGACUAACCGGAGUGAGGAGUCAUCAGCGGUGGCCCAGCUGCACAGGAGCAGCCAUGGCCAGAUCCAAGGGGAAGAGGAGCCUAAGGAGAAGAGGUCUUUCUUCCCCUCCAUCAAUAUCCCCUGGAGAGAGAAGGUGGACAGAAAGACGGAGCUCAUUAGGAGAGAAAAACCAUCACUACAGAGCAGACACUCACUGGACAGCGCGAGGGUCCAGGAGAAGGAGGCAGGGCCCUUAUGGAUUACACUAGCACUGCAGAAGCAGAAGGGUUUCAGGGAGCAGCAGCAGAACCGAGAGGAGCGGCGUAGCCAGAGAGAGGCCAAGCUGGCAGAAAAACAGUCCAGGGAGAGAGAAAGUGCUAUGUUGGUCAGUCCUACAGACGGCAAAGGAAAUGGAAGCACCAGUCCUUCUAAACCUCAGACACCAGAAGAGCCCAAGAGACCAGACAGCCUCCUGGGGCGCUUUGAGCGCAGAGAUCACCUGAAAAAAGCCAACACUCUGCCCAGCUCUGUCACUGUUGAGAUUGCAGACUCCACACCAUCGCCACCUGCUGUCAAGGAGGUGUCAAAACGCUUCCCGUCCAGUGACUCUCCCCAGGUGUCCACCGAGCCGGCUUGGCUGGCUUUGGCCAAACGCAAGGCCAAAGCCUGGAGUGACUGCCCGCAGAUCAUCAAAUAACAUGCCUGACACUGACCCCAGCUUCAGACUGGGCUCUGGCCUGCAUCGAGACUGCACACUGCCCACGGACUGUGACGCACCUCAACAGUCAACAUCACCCGUCCCAACACCACCGAGACCCUCCUGACCAUAUGAAACAAGACAUGCCCUAAAUUAACUUGUAACCAUACACUGGCUGGUAUAAUAAUCAUGUUAAAGUGCGCUUCACAUUCAAUUAUUCAAACACAAUUACACAUCUAUACCUAAACAAUUAUUACACGCAUGCACUUACUGUAUACAAACAUGUGAAAGCAAACAGUCCUGCGAAAACAUAGAUGUAACGAAUGCGUUUGCUAUCGACCCUGAACACGUUUCGGUCAGGGACUGCAUACCUUCAGCAGCCAAUCACAACCAUGGCUGACCAUUGAAAUAGCCAACCCAAAAUUUUGCUUUUGUAGCCAAUGGGGUCACCAUGGUUGUAAAUAGGUCAUGCGCUAAACACAACAUGAAAUGCUUCUGUAACAGAGAGGUGAACUUUAAAGCUCUGAAAUGUGGCACAGUGUUUAAUCAACAGAGGGGAAUUGUCAGAAUCUUGUUUUAAGGGCUAACAGCAACAAUAACCCAACACGACCCUGUUCAAUCUUCUUUGUGACUGCAUAUGGAAGUGUUACAGGCAUCUUCUCUGCCACAUUCCCCCAUUGGUAUUAUCUCAAGCAAUGGAUUUAACUAUAUUGAAACAAUAGAUACUGUAUCUCUUCUCUGAGCCUUGUUUGUGAUGUACAAAAGGAGCCUUUUUUUACUCAUAUUCAAAACCUGUACUACAAUUCUCACUGUGUCCGUGACGACUGUGAUAGCUGUCAAAGAAGCUAUUGUACAAUUUGCCAUUAUAAAAGAAGAAUCUGUUUGUAAAGCAUCACUAAUAAAAUCUGUCAUAAUCACACACUGGGUGCACCGAAACACAGCAUUGAAGACCACAAGUGUUAUUGGGCAUUUACGGUGAAUUGCACAUUAUCCUCACUACUCUGUGAUGAUGUAAUAUGGAUUUUGCUUUGCUAUGGAGACAGAGACUACCUGCUUGCUGUAACAUACAAUCCUUGUAGCUGUCCUCCUGUAACACAAUUGUGUUUGUAGGCUUAUGCCAUCACUUCCUCGUAAAUGUGAUAUGAGCUGGUUAGCCUUACAUGAUGUAAGCAUUUCUACAAAACUCCAGCAUUCUCGUCUCCUACCACUACUUUUCUCACUUCUCAAUAUAAUGAUCUGUAUGUAUGUAAGUAAGUAUGUACGUAAGGCAAAAGGUUUUACCAGAGCUUUGGUCAGAAAGAUGCCCAAAAGGCUGAGUCACUUUGUCAUUUUGUUUCUGACUUUGGUCGUGCACAAUAGUGUAGUGUACACAGUGUUAUAUGUAACAAAAAUGUUUGGUAAUAAUUGCACUUUUUUGUCCCACUUAGAGGUAUUCAUGAGAAAAUUCUUAAAGAGAUACAAAUGUUAUGAAUAAUGUAAAUUAAAUACUGAUGUCUGAA